AAGAGAGAUAGAUAAUUAUUUACAGAGCGUUUCAGAGAUCAGUUUAUUUGUAUUAAUUGUUAUAAAAUAAGGUACUGUAACUAUUAUUCAGUUCGAAGCGAAUUAGUAAUGUGGUGUUAUUGAAAAGUGAUACAGCUAUUUGUUUAAAUUUAACCGAUUUACAAUGGCACUCAGUAAAAAAGAAACGGAAGAAAUGAAACCACACAUUGAUAAAGCAGUUGAAAAAUGUGUUGGGUUUCAUGAAUCCACUCUUGUCACAACAGCAAUGAAUUGCCUUGCUUCUGGUUAUGAUAAGAGGAAAACUGCUGACAAACUUAGUUCGUUACUGGAGACAUCUAAGGCAUCGAGACUUGCUGACCGGAUAUUUGAGAUAUUGGAUGGCAUGAGAAACACACAACCGAAAUCUUCCAAAAAAAGACAUCAUGAGGGUGACAGCCACGGAGGUAAGAAGACCAAAUUUGAAGAAAACGGUGUUGUGUCUUCAAAAGAACAGUCAACUAAAGAGAAAUCGGCCAAGGAACAACUGUCACCUAACCAGAUCAAAGACAUGAUGGCCAAUGCCCAGAAGAUGAUUGAAGAACGCAAAAAAGCCUUGAGUGCUCUGAGGUCCAGCGACACACGACACAAGGGCCUGGAACCACCUUCUGUCUCUGUACAGAGAACAGAGGAGAAAGCCAAGAAAAUUGCUCAGCUGCAGGCUCAGAUACAGUCGAAGUUGUCAACAGGAGUGUUGAAGAUCCCUGGACUGAACCGGCCAGAGGUGAUCAACAAGCCGACACCUCUUAUCUUAGACAGCCAGGGCCGCACUGUGGACGUAACUGGCAAGGAAAUACAACUUACUCAUGUCAUCCCUACUCUGAAGGCCAACAUUCGGGCCAAAAAGAGGGAAGAGUUCAGACAACAGCUGCAAGAGAAGACAGUGGAGGACAUUAGUGAGAGUUCAUUCUUUGACCCGCGAAUCUCUGCCAAGCCCAGCAUCCGCAACAAAAGAGCUCUGCGGUUCCAUGAACCCGGCAAGUUCCAGCAGCUCGCUGAUAGGAUGCGAAUGAAGGCCCAACUAGAGAAACUACAGAGUGAAAUCUCCCAGAUUGCCCGCAAGACCGGUAUCUCAUCAGCUACAAAGCUGGCACAAAUUGCACCCAAGAUUGAGACUCAGGUGGACGAGAUACCAGCAGUUGAGUGGUGGGACUCUGUUAUAUUAACUGCAGACACAUACCUAAAUGAAGAAGGAUACCCACUAAUAAAGGCACAGACAAUAACAAAUUUAGUAGAACAUCCAAUUCAGGUCAAGCCUCCAAGUGAACCCUUAAAAACUGUUCAUAUGCAUGUAUUUUUAACAAAAAAAGAGCGUAAGAAAUUAAGAAGGCAGAAUAGAAGAGAGGCUUGGAAGGAAGAACAAGAAAAAAUCAGAUUGGGUUUGGAACCCCCACCAGAACCAAAACUGCGAAUCUCGAACCUUAUGAGAGUGCUGGGGACUGAAGCGGUGCAGGACCCCACCAAGGUAGAGGCCCAUGUGAAAGCGCAAAUGGCUAAGCGACAGAAGGCACACGAGGAUGCCAACGCUUCACGUAAACUGACAGAUGAGCAGAGGCGGGAGAAGAAGAUAAGACGUCUCCAAGAGGACACUUCUCUAGGGGUGCAUGUCACCGUCUACAGGGUGAGAGAGUUGACCAAUGCUUCUAAGAAAUUCAAGAUAGAGACCAAUGCCAAACAGUUGUUUAUGACAGGCUGUGUGGUCAUGUUCAAGGAUUGCAAUGUUGUAGUGGUGGAAGGUGGGCCCAAACAACAGGCGAAGUUUAAGAG